CCACUUCUUUCACACUCACUCCAUCAAGAUUUGCCAUUGAUGGAUUUCAAGCUCCUCUCUGUUCUCAUCUUCCACUACUUCCUAAUCAAUUCAUCAUCAAUCUAUGCAUCUCUUCCACUCCCUAAACAAUCUCUCCCCACUAAGUCUGGCUACCUCACCGUCAAUGACACAACCAACUCCGCCAUUUUCUACACAUUCUACGAAGCCCAAAACCUCACCACACCUCUUUCUCAAACCCCACUUCUCAUUUGGCUUCAAGGUGGACCUGGAUGUUCCUCUAUGCUCGGAAACUUCUACGAAUUAGGCCCUUGGCGAGUCUCUUCUUCUCACAGACAAAACGUCGAACAUGUAGAGCUCAAUUAUAAUCCUAGAUCUUGGAAUCGGAUUUUUGGGCUGCUUUUCCUUGAUAAUCCAAUUGGUGUUGGAUUUAGCAUUGCUGCAACACCUGAAGAAAUCCCGAGGAACCAAAAAGACGUGGCAAAGCACUUAUAUAUCGCGAUCAAAAAGUUUAUCGAGCUGAAUAAAUCAUUCAAGGAUCGGCCUAUUUACAUCACGGGUGAGAGUUAUGCUGGCAAAUAUGUGCCAGCAAUUGGAUAUCAAGUUUUGAAGAAAAAUGUCAGGUUGCCGGUUCGUAGUAGAGUGAAUUUGGUUGGUGUUGUCAUUGGUAACGGACUAACUGAUCCGAUUAGCCAAGUUGCUACUCAUGCUGCAAAUGCGUAUUACUUUGGAUUGAUAAAUGACAAACAAAGGGGACAACUAGAGUUGCUUCAAGAAAAGGUGAUUUCAUUGGCAAAGAAUGGUGAUUGGAGUGAAGCAACGAAUGCUCGAAGUAAAGUCUUGAACACAUUACAAAACAUGACUGAAAUGCCAACUUUGUAUAACAUUAGAAGGCAUAAGCCAUACCAAAACCAUCUGGUAGCUGAGUUUUUGAACAAUGUUGAGGUGAAAAAGGCAUUGGGAGUGAAUGAAACUAUUGUUUUCGAGGUGUGUAGUAAGGUGGUGAGGGAAGCAUUACACGAAGAUUUGAUGAAGAGUGUGAAGUAUAUGGUGGAGUUUCUUGUCAAGAAUACUAAAGUUUUGUUGUAUGAAGGUCAGUUGGAUUUGAGAGUUGGCUUGGUGUCAACCGAGGCGUGGGUGAAGAGAAUGAAGUGGGAAGGAAUCGACAAGUUCUUGGAAGCAGAUAGAAAAGCUUGGAGAGUUAACGACGAGCUAGCAGGGUAUGUGCAGAAAUGGAGGAACUUAAGCCAUGUUGUGGUAUUGGAUGCUGGACAUUUGGUUCCACAUGAUCAACCAUUGAAUUCUCAGGCCAUGAUUGAAGAUUGGGUACUUGAAAAGGGAGUUUUUGCUAAUGAUCAAAUUGAAAACUUGUCCACCAAUUUGUCUAAUGUACUUUAGGACUAUGUUGCUCAGACUCUUCAAAAAUAUCAAUGGGUGCUUGUUUGAUCCUCC